UGUUGAUUUUCAGUUACUUACUGGCUGCGUACAUGUAUAUAUAAGAUUGUUUAUUGAAAUCAACGUGUUGGAUACGAGGUUUCUGACACUGCCCGCUGAUUGAGUCUGGUUUGAGAGAUACGAAAUAUCUAUACGUAAAAGCAAUCACCUCUGGUGUGAGGUCAGUGUUAUAAACACCGUGAAAAAAUCAAGACACCUACAUUUUUCCAAGUUAAACGGACACAGUGAACAUCUCUGUAAUGAGCUUUCAUUGUGCGUUUGUUAUCAUUAGGUGUUAAUGUUGAUCGGAGUGCCUAGGUGAAGAACACGAUCGAAAAUUAGCCUAAUGGGAAUUUAGAACAAAAUGAUACAAAAAUAAACGAGACCAACGAUAAUCCACGUUCAAUGGGCAGCUCGGAUUAAUUGAAAUUGUGUUUGACUUGUGUAAAUUGUGAAAAAAGAAAAACGAAUAUGAUGGAUUUAUCGGUUUUCCGUUUUGUUCGUAUCGUUAAGGAUCAGUGGAGAAAUUGACACGAACAGCUGAUUAAUAACCUUGAGAUAUUUUCAAGUGUUGUUCUUACAAUCGUUUUUGUGGGAUUCGUUUUUAAAAUCAGUGUUGUUCUAGAACAUCCAUUAUGUCACUAUAAGUCGUCUAAGUGGACAGAAGUGGGUAAGGUUUUUCCCUGAUUUUUGUCAGCAAUAUUAAUUAUUUUUCUUUCAUCUUCAUUUAAUUUUUCUCUUCAUAUUUUCUUUUCAUUUUGCGUGUGUCGCAGACAUAUUUUUUUCGGAAUUCAUAUGCCACAUGUACAUAUAUUCCAUUCCACGUGUCUCCCCAAAACAAUUUAAUCUAAUAAUUCUGAACAUGCACCUUCAUCAUUUAUAGUAAUAAUAUUUAUUUGGCCAUGGUAACGCAGCCACCAAUGUCUUCCAUCUUGAUACAGAGCAACGCAAUAUGAAAUCGGUCUUCAUCUUUUCCUUCAGACAGUAUCUAAUCUAUUUUUAUGGAGAUUUAUGAUCGUUAUAUGCAAUAUUUACGCGAUCUUUAUCUAGCGAUGGACGGGUUUCCACUAAUAUCAUCUGAUGAUCGCCAUUCACUACAUUUAGUGGGGAUUUUACUUCGGAAAUGUGAUUACUUCUUAUAUGGCGUAUAUUUUGGAUUGUUAAAUAAGGAUCCACCAACAUUUAUGGACAAAUUCCCCGAGACUCGGUUGUAUAGAUCAACCCCUAGAAGUACACGCUCGAGUCCCAGACGAGGAACGCCAGACUCUAGCAGAAAUAGUUCCUUGUCUAAACAACAACAGUUCCUGACUACGCCCGACCACCAAAAUGGACAGGUGCCCGGGGAUGGAAUUCACAGGCGAAGGUCAUCUAUUGCUAUGCGUGCCGUUAAAGCUGUUGAAAACGUCGCACGCCGAGUGUCAACACCCACCUUUUCCAUCGACAAAAUUGAAGAGAACUUAGACCGAGAAAUCAAAGAAGAGGAAUUGGAAAAUGAAGAAACACGAGGAACAUGCAAAAUAUUGCGGAGUUCGUGUCAGGACAUAUUACACAGCAAGAAGGUGCUCCUGUUGAUAGUCCUGCUGAAUAUAAUUGACUGCCUGUUAGUGCUGGCCGGCCUUAUCCUGGACAUCCACUACAUCAAAGGGAUGCUAAACGCCACCAAACAAUUGACGAGGAAGUUUACUUAUGCCUUAAAGGACAGAUUUCCUCACAUGUUUAACAAUUUGAGCCCCUAUGACAUUCACGAUUUCUAUAACACAUUGCUAACUUUACCUUACCACUGUAACGAGUCGUUGACAGAUGUGUUACCAGUGACAAACUUGAAACAUUCCGGAACGUCAUCAAAUUUUACCACGGUAUCAAACGGAAGUGAGUCUAAAAUUGGAAUAUUUACUUCAGAGGAUUUACCAUCUUUUCUGACACGCCAUCACCAAAAGCAUCAAAUAGAGACAGAUAUUGCUCAUGGCUUCCACAAAGCCAGCAUCGCCAUUUUAGCAGUUCUUUCAUCAUUGGUUCUCCUGAAAAUAUUUUGCUAUGGAAAACAAUUACUAAAGAGGAAAAUGGAGAUGUUUGACGGGGUGAUAGUAAUAGCAUCCUUCAUUCUUGAUAUAGUGUUCAUUAAAGGCCUGACAGUCUACCCUUUAGAAGAAACAGUUCAAAUCCUUGCGUUUCUGAUGCCAUGGCGGGUCAUUAGAGUCGCUAACAGUUUAGUAAUGGCAGUCCUAGACCAAGCUCAUCUUCAACUGAAGAUGGUGUAUAAGGAGAAAAAAGCAGUAGAGGAAAAAUUAGAGAUUUCAGACGUAAACAACAGGUACAAUAAAGAAGUAGUCAAUGCUUUACGAUGCCUUUGUGAGACAGAAGGAAUCGCAACUUAUAAAGUUCUUAAAACGAUAUGCUCCUGUGAAUCUCCGAGCAAAAAGAAGAAAAAGAACGGAAGCUUUAAAAAGAAACUAACUAAAAAGGUUAAUUGCUUGGGUUCCGGUGUCGACCGAAGCUCGUGUCCCUAUGGCAACAUUCCGGAUAUGAACGAAGUAACUUUGGAACAUCUACAUCGCAUAGCAAAUAAAGCAAACUUUAAGUCUACAUUUGAAGACGUGAACGAGGCGUCCGACUCAGACGCUGAAAGUGGAUCUCUGCUGGAUAAAAACUACAACGAACCAUAACAGUUUCUGUAAAUGUUAUGAAGUAAAGUCUUUUUCUACACAUA